UUUUUUUGUCUCGCAGCGCAUCUUUGUUGAAGUUUACACUUAGCGAGAGCCGAUGGGUUCUGUCUUAGUUAUAAAGAAAAUACUUCCAUUUCGUGGAAGAACAGCCCUGGGAUGACUAUGGGUAGCUGCGAACAUCUCCAGGAAUACAAGAGGACCCAUGGAACCAAUUCUUUUCGUAUAAUCCAUACAUAUUUCAUAGCAUGUUCAUCAGCUGAUGCUAGGCGACGGAAGGCCAAAUCCUGUGUCUGUCACACCUGUCGAAUACACAGACCCCGUCUACAUGCCUGUCUUCACUGUAUAUACUUUGGGUGUUAUGGUGCUAAGCAUAUCCAUGAACAUGCAGAAACUAAAGGUCAUUUCCUUGCUGUUGACAUGAUCCAUGGUGCCGUAUACUGUUUUGAAUGUUGUGACUACAUGUAUGAUGAACAGCUGGAAGAAAUAGCCAGAAAACAGUACAAGAAAUCAAAAAAGGGUUUAAAGACUAACUUCUCGUCAUGGGAGCCUACUGAAGUGGAGAUAGAAAUUCUUAGACAGAAUCCAAAGCGAAGAAAAGUAGAAACAAAGUCCUCGAUAGGAUUACGAGGCUUGAUCAAUUUAGGAAACACCUGCUUCAUGAAUUGUAUUGUACAAGCCUUGACUCACACCCCGGUGCUACGUGAUUUCUUUCUGUCCGACCAACACAGCUGUCAGGUGCUUAGCCAGGAUGCAAGGCAGUGCCUUGUCUGUGAAAUGUCACGUCUGUUUCAGGAGUUUUAUUGUGGAGCAAGAACUCCACACAUCCCAUACAGACUGCUUCACCUGGUGUGGACUAAUGCACGGCACUUAGCUGGUUAUGAGCAGCAGGAUGCUCAUGAAUUCCUAAUAGCGGCCCUGGAUGUGUUACACAGACACUGUAAAGGUUAUUCCGAUAAUAUUUUGUUAUCCUACAACAGUCAGUUAAAUGCAGGAACCUCGGACAGUAACGGCAGUGGUAACCCUCACCACUGUAACUGUAUCAUAGAUCAGAUCUUUACGGGUGGUCUCCAGUCAGAUGUCACUUGUCAACAGUGCAAUAAUGUUUCCACAACGAUAGAUCCAAUCUGGGAUAUUUCUCUAGACUUGGGUCCUGGCCCACCACCUGGAGGCAACAGUAACUCCAAUUCUUCUCCUAACUCAGGUUUUUCUAAUAGCCCCGGAACAUAUGAACCUACCUCACUUUUAGAAUGUUUAAAAAGGUUUACAAAACCAGAGCAUCUGGGCAGUUCAGCCAAGAUAAAAUGUAGUACCUGUGGUAGUUAUCAAGAGUCUACCAAACAACUCACCAUGAAGAAAUUGCCCAUAGUUGCAUGCUUUCAUCUCAAAAGAUUUGAACAUUCAACUGGUUACCACAAAAAGAUCUCAACUUACGUGUCAUUCCCGGAGGAGCUGGACAUGACACCUUUCAUGUCCUCCUCGCGUAACAAUACAAAUGGCUACAACAAUCAGGUCAUACAGGAAUCUUCCAGGGGGCUUUCAUGUGAUAACAAGUACUCAUUGUUUGCCGUUGUGAACCACAUGGGCACAAUAGAGAGUGGCCACUACACUUGUUUCAUCAGACAAAUGAAGGACCAGUGGUUCAAAUGUGAUGACCACCUCAUCAACAAGGCAUUGCCAGGGGACGUUCUCAACAGUGAAGGAUAUCUGCUGUUUUAUCACAAACAAAUUUUGGAGUAUGAUUGACCCUGGCUGAACUUUAGUGCUCAGUAGUGGUGCAACUGUAUUGGACUAUUUCUGUUUUGAGUGAACAAGCCUAAAGCUGAAACAAACACUACAUCCAUGACUGUUUGGCAUCUUCAUUUGUGUUGCCUCAAACUUAUAGGCUACCAGUGAAGAAACCAAGAUACUGCCUCAGGUGUACAGACUGUCGCCCUGUCCUGGUAGAUAUAUCCAACACACCCAUCAACAACUUGGAACUAAAGCCUAUGGUUCUCUAUUUAAAAUUAAUAGAAUACAAUACUGUUUACAGAGCCAUAUAUCUGACAUAGACAGGGGAUAAGUAUUUAUUUGGUUGUAAUCAUUAUGGUGUGUGAUUUAAAAGCAUGGCCAUGUAAGUGAACUUGAUUAGUUACUUUAUUCAU